GCGCGGCUCGCUGCCUAAACGCGGAGCCAAGACCCCACUGAGAAAGCCGGAAUAUACAGCUUUUCUGGUUUUGGACUACAGUUCCAAUAGGGGAGCAGGCCCGGAUUGUCCUCCAUAGCACCGGUCACUUAGGGGGUCACCUUUACAUGCUUGGGGAACCGGACAUCCCGGCCCUUCCGGAACCCUGCUUCUCUGUUCGGCCUACCCCGCCGGAAUCGGGCCCCAUUCGCCCCUCCGAGCCCUUCGUGAGGAGCCGAGGGACUGGCCUCCGCCCGCUGCGCGCCUGCGCACUCGGGACCGCGACGGGCUCUCUCCGGAAUCCCGGCGCCGCAGACCCGAGAAGCGGGCGGCCUUCAGCGCAAGGCGCGGCCGGAGUGCGGUGAGCCAGGCUCGGUUGCGGUUGCUGCUUUUCCGAAGGGAACGAGCGCGGCACGGGCCAGGUUCUGCAGAACCUGGAGAACCCACGGGCUCUGUCAGUCUCCAGAGACAGCCUUUGGAAGGGAAACGAAUUGCUGCUGCGCCUCUAAAAGCCAGGUUCUGUCUCUGACUUCUGUGGACUCUGCUUCUCCAGUAAAUGACUCGAGGAAAACUGACCAAUUCUUGCAGCUCUAAAAUUAUGGCUCAUGAUUUGGUGAUGUUCAGAGAUGUGGCUGUAGACUUUUCUCAGGAAGAGUGGGAGUGCCUGGACUCGUAUCAGAGGAAUUUGUACAGAGAUGUGAUAUUAGAGAACUAUAACAACUUGGUGUCACUGGCAGGAUGGUCCAUUUCUAAGCCAGAUGUGAUUACCCUAUUAGAGCAAGGGAAAGAACCCUGGAUGGUUGUGAGGGGUGAGAAGAGAAGAUGGAAUCUAGAUUUGGAAUCCAGAUAUGACCCUCAAAUGUGUGAAAUGAAUUUAUCUCAGUGGGAUAUAAUGGAAAGAAUUAGAAGUUGUGGCCUUAAAGACUCCUUUUUCAGAAAGGAUUGUGAAUAUAAAAAGUUUGAGGGACAAGAUGGUCCUCAAAAGGGAUAUUUCAGGCAAGUGAAAAAAACCACCUCUGAAAAAAUGCCUACUUACAGAAAACUCACAUCUCUUACUCUAUAUCAGAGAAUUCAUAAUAAAGAGAAACCCCAUGAAUGUGGGGACUGUGGGAAGGCUUUUAGAGUACGCCAACAACUUACUUUCCAUCAGAGAAUUCAUACUGGUGAGAAACCAUAUGAAUGUAAAGAAUGUGGAAAAGCCUUUAGGCAGUGUGCCCACCUUAGUCGACAUCAGAGAAUUCAUACUUCUGACAAACUCCUUGAAUGUAAAAAAUGUGGAAAGAUCUUUACGUGUGGCGCAGAUCUUCGAGUACAUCAGAGAAGUCAUGUAGGUGAGAAGCCCUAUGGAUGUAAGGAAUGUGGGAAGGCCUUUAGAGUGCGAGGACAACUUAAUCUCCAUCAAAGGAUUCAUACUGGCGAGAAACCCUAUGAAUGUAAGGAAUGUGGGAAGACCUUUAGACAGUAUGCACACCUUACUCGACAUCAGAGACUUAAUAUUGCUGAGAAAUGCUAUGAAUGUAAGGAAUGUGGGCAGACUUUUCUGUGUAGUACAGGCCUUAGAGUACAUCACAAACUUCAUACUGGUGAAAAACCCUAUGAAUGUAAGGAAUGUGGGAAGGCCUUCAGAGUGCGGCAACAACUUACUCUCCAUCAGAGAAUUCAUACUGGUGAGAAACCCUAUGAUUGUAAGGAAUGUGGGAAGACCUUUAGUCGUGGCUAUCAUCUGACUCUCCAUCAGAGAAUUCAUACUGGUGAGAAACCUUAUGAAUGUAAGGAAUGUCAGAAGUUCUUUCGGCGUUACUCAGAACUUAUUUCACAUAAGGGUAUUCAUAUUGGAGAGAAACCCUAUGAUUGUAAGGAAUGUGGGAAGGCCUUUAGAUUGUUCUCACAACUCACCCAACAUCAGAGUAUUCAUUUUGGUGAGAAACCUUACAAGUGUAAGGAAUGUGAAAAGAGUUUUAGACUGUUCUCUCAACUUACUCAACAUCAGAGUAUUCAUACUGGUGAGAAACCCUAUGACUGUAAGGAAUGUGGGAAGGCCUUUAGACUUCAUUCAUCACUUAUUCAGCAUCAGAGAAUUCAUUCUGGUGAGAAACCAUACACGUGUAAGGAAUGUAAGAAGGCGUUUAGACAACAUUCACAUCUUACUUAUCAUCAGCGAGUUCAUAAUGUAACUAAAUAAGAAAGCCUUCCAUUGUGAAUUUUGUGUUAAGGAGCAUUAUAAAAUAAAUUUUAGAGGAAAAAUUUUUAAAUGUAGGAAUCUCUUUUGCUGUGUGCUCACAAUUAAUUUAACAUAAGAGGUUUUUUUUUAAAGGAAAGAAUAUGGUAAUGUAAUGAAUAUAUAGAAGGCUUUCAUCACCAUUCAAACAAAAUUUUAGGAAAUUCAUCUAGAAAGAAACUCUUAAAGGAGUGAAUGUGGAGAAGCUUUUGAUCAUACCUGUUAUCACCUCUAUUCUUCUGUCUGUAUGGUUUACCUAUGAAGCUUGCCAGGGCACUAACUCAUUCUGAAAAUUGAUACAUAAAAGGAAAGAAAAGACAUUUAGCUUGCAUUUCCUGUAUGAACUGUAUUUCAGGGCAACUAGAAGUUGAUGAGGUGUAAAAUUCUUUAUUAGAGAAUUUUGCAGUGCGUAGUGAAAUAAUGGAUGUAGGCAUGAUUCUCAGUAGAGGUUAAGACCAUGAGAUGAAAGGCUGAUAUGACCUUCAUAGUGAAUAGAUAAGGUUGACAACAUCUCAACUCACGGAUCAGUUUUAACCUCAUCAAAAAUAGGACAAAACAUUUUGUGCCUCCUAAUGAGAUACAAUGAUAUACACAUUUUGCAAAAAAUAUUGAACCUGAAUCUAAUUAAGCAUCAAGAUCUAACUUCCAGUUUAGAGAAAAUUCAGGGGACAGAAGGACAAAUUACAUGACACAAGAAGAAGCAAAUAAAUCUAAAAUAUGGGUAAUUCUAUGAGGAAUGACCCUGCUUCUCAACCAAAAAACAGCUUUGAAAAAAGGGAGGUGGAACUCUUAGAUAUUAAAAGAGUCUUAAGAGACGUAUCAAUCAGAUGCAAUGAGUGAGUGGUUCUUACAUAGAUCACAAGUUGAACAAAUGUAAAAAAGACUUUUUUUUUUUAGAAAUGAGAAUAUUGACAGUAUUAGAUAAUAAAUUAUGUUUUUGACUAAUUGGAAAAGAUACCUGCACCCCUAUGUUUGUUGCAGCAUUAUUUACAAUAGCCAAGACUUGGAAGUAACCUAAGUGCCCAUCGAUGGAGGAGUGGAUAAAGAAGAUAUGGUGUGUGUGUAUAUAUAUGUAUAUAUGUAUACACAUAAUGGAAUACUACUCAGCCAUAAAAAAGGUGAAGUCUUGCUAUUUGCAACAACAUGGAUGGACCUUGAGGGUAUUAUGUUAAGCAAAAUAAGUCAGAGAAAGA